CUGGUACUAACUCGUUUGAGUAAAUGUGAAGCUCCAGUUCAAUUACUUGUAUUCAGAGUCUUUCUUAUUAUAUAAAUAAGUACUACGUGUUAAGACACUACAAUGGCGACGAGGAUGAUUACCUGCAGUGUGCAUCACGAAUACAGAUGGAGCUCGUAGGAAGAGAGGAAGAUUUUGACCCUGUAGCACAACAGCUAGCAAGCAGUGAAGACGAGGGAAGAGCUGACGAGAACGAGGCGGCAGAUCAAAGACCCGUGGAGCCGGAAGUAAAGAGUAUGGCAAGCAUCGGGAAAGUAGAUGUGUUUGAUGACACGCAAUUAAAACUGGGCAACUUACAUUGAACGACUGGAACAGUACUUCAUUGCAAACGACACUGCUGAUAACAAGAGAGUACCAGCGUUGUUGAGUUUAAUUGGCCCAAAAAGUACAGUUUGCUAAGAGAUCUGACUGCCCCUUUGAAGCCCUCAAAUAAAACAUUCACAGGGACACGGUGGCAACCAGCGUUUCCCUGGCGAUCGUCCGUUUCCAUGACCUCUUGGGCCAGUUGGACAACCAGUACAGCCGCUUCGCCCUGGAGAACAACUUCCUGUUGCAACACAAUGUACGCAAGAUUAAACGCAAACUGCAGGACCACUUUCAGGAGGACCCUUUGCAAAUGGCCAUGACUAUAUGUAAAUGUCUGAAAGAGGAGAAGAAAAUCCUGGCCUGUGCCUUAAAAAAAGAGGAAAACGUUCAGUCCACACAAAACAAUGUGGUGUUGGAGAAACAGAAAGAGUUGGACAACAAUGUCAAAGACCUGAGGAACCAAGUACAGGAUGUAGAGCGGGAAAUUAAGUCACUGGAGGACCUACAGGAUGAACAUGACUUUAAGAAGAAGACCCUGCAGAGCCGAGUGGAACAAGAGGUGAAUGGGAUGACACAGUCACCGGUGGUACAGAAAGAGAUCCGUGAAGAGGAGAAGGUCAUCAGAGAGAUGUUCAUCAAACUCAACAUAACCAGAGAGGUGGUGGUGCAUCAGAUAGCUUACAUCCUGAACUUGGCCGAGCAGAUCCAGUACACCCUGGUGACGGAGGAGAUACCUGAGUGGAAGCACAGACAGCAGAUUGCGUGUAUCGGUGGUCCACCUAAUGCCUGUCUAGAUCAGCUACAAACCUGGUUCACUGCGGUGGCAGGGGGCUUACAGCAGGUACGCCAGCAGCUGAAGAAGCUUCAGGAGCUGGAACAGAAGUACACAUACGAGAACGACCCCAUCACUCAGGGCAAAAGCACUCUGGAGGAACGCGCUCUCGUCCUGUUCAAGACCCUCAUUGUCAAUUCUAUCGUGGUGGAGAGACAGCCCUGUAUGCCCACUUUCCCCCAAAGACCUCUGGUGCUGAAGACUGGGGUGCAGUUCACUGUCAAAAUCAGACUGCUGGUGAAGCUUCAGGAGUUGAACUACCAGUUCAAAGUCAAAGCUCUGUUUGACAAGGAUGUGACUGAGAGGAAUGCAGUGAGAGGGUUCCGGAAAUUCAACAUCUUUGGAACUAAUACUAAAGUUAUGAACAUGGAAGAGUCCAAUGGAAGCUUGGCAGCAGAAUUCAGACACCUGCAACUAAAGGAGCAAAAGGCUACAGGCAACAGAACAAACGACGGUCCUCUCAUAGUGACAGAGGAGCUCCACUCCAUCAGCUUUGAGACACAACUCACUCAGCCAGGACUCCAGGUCAACCUGGAGACGACGUCCCUGCCCAUUGUGGUCAUCUCCAACAUUAGCCAGCUGCCCAGCGCCUGGGCCUCUGUCAUGUGGUACAACAUGCUGACCAGUGAGUCCAAGAAUCUGCCGUUCUUCCUGAGCCCGCCCCAGGCCACCUGGAGCCAGUUGUCGAAGGUGCUGAGUUGGCAGUUCUCCUCCGUAACCAAGCGAGGCCUCAACGACGAGCAGCUGAGCAUGCUGAGAGACAAGCUCCUGGGUCGAGAGGCUGUAGGAAAUCCUAAUGGGCUCAUCCCCUGGACCAUGUUCUGCAAGAAUGUGAACGAGAAGGGCUUUCCCUUCUGGCUGUGGAUCGAUGGAAUCCUGGACCUGAUCAAGAGACACCUCCUGUUUUUGUGGAAUGACGGGUGUAUCAUGGGAUUUGUCAGUAAGGAGAGAGAGAAGGCCCUGCUGAAGGACAUGGAGCCUGGGACUUUCCUGCUGCGUUUCAGCGAGAGCAGCCGGGAGGGAGCCGUUACCUUUACCUGGGUGGAGCACUCCAAUGGCGAUGUCCAUUUCCACACGGUGGAGCCCUACACUAAGAAGGAGCUGGCCGCCGUCUCUUUCCCUGACAUCCUCCACAACUACAAGGUGAUGGCUGCCGAGAACAUCCCUGAGAACCCUCUGCUCUACCUCUACCCCAGGAUCCCCAAAGACAGCGCCUUAGCACGCUACUACAGCCGCCCCACAGAAGCCGCUGAGCCAAUGGAGUUGGAGAGUGAGUCUGAUGCUGGCUACAUUAAGAGGGAGCUUAUCUCUGUGUCUGAAUUCCACUCCAGACUACAGGACACCAUGAUGCCCAUGAGUGCUGAAGUGUACGGAGAGCUGACCAGGAUUAUUAACCCCGCUAUGAUUGAUACUGUGAUGUGCAAAGCUUUCCCAAACUAACCUGCCCUCUUCAGGCAGCGCCCCGUGGAAAACUUGUUACCCCUCUGCACCGAACUGAUCUGAAGAUGUUGAUUAAAUUGAAGAGAUUUGUUGGGUUUCCUUUGUAAAUACAACUAAAACUGUAUACAUAUGUAGUCUGUCGUUUUAAUGUACAUGCAUGAGAUUUUGGGGCUUCAAGUCCAGCUAUUAAGGAAUGUCAUUCUGUGUGACAGUAUAAUAUUUUGUGAAUGCAUAUGUAGUGUGAAAUGGUUAAGCUGUUAUACAGUGAGCUUCAAAAUUAUUGGGACAUUUGACACAUUUGUUGUUUUAGCUCUGUACUCCAGCACCAUGGGUUUGAAAUGAUACAAUGAGAUUAAAGUGUAGUCUGUCAGCUUUUAAUUUGAGGGUAUUUUCAUACAUAGAGGGAACCGUUUAGAAAUUACAGCUCUUUUUGCACAUAGUCCCUUAAUUUUAGGGGACCAAAAGUUAAUGUGACAAAUUUGGUCCCAUAAUCCGAGCACGCAAUGAUUCCAAGCUUGUCACUCCUCACACUUGUAUGCAUUUGCUGUUUGUUUUUGUUGUUCGAUAAUUUUGUGCCCAAUAGAAAUGGAUGGUAAAUGUUUGGACUUCACUGUUUAAUUUAAGGACAAGAAGAGGGCUCACACAUGCCUGAAUAGCUUUGAUUUAUUUAACCUUGUUUAUUAAAAUAAAUGUGUAUAUAUUCCAAUGUCAGGAGCAAUCGCACAUCUGCACAUCAACUAUGCCCUAAAAUAUGAACAGAAAAGGACAUCCGUGUUUAGCAAUACAUUCAGAACUGUCUUUAGUUGGAACUUUAGACUGGUCUGCAACUAUUGGUGACACCUGACUUGAACCAUCUGUCCAUAUGACCUACAGGGGUUCAAACUCCGGUCUUCUGCAAGCCACAAUAUUGUGUUCGCCCUCUGAGCUAAAGCCUAGGCAGCUGACAAGUUCAGGUCACAGGCAAGGUUACCUUUCACUGAAUCAACAAUAGCAAAACCAAAGUCUGAUUUUGAGACCUUUCCCUGUAUGUCACGGAUACGACAGUGUUAUGGAGGUGAUUGAUUGGAGGGUUCAGGUCUUGUGUUUCCCGGACUACUGGGAGUGGUGAAGGAGGUUGAGUUUCUGUGGCAACGUGUUCCGUUAUCAUUCUUUGGCUUUCAUUUGAACAUUUUUCUAUACACAAUGUCACCGUCUCAGACAGAUCUGGGGAGUUGCUGAAAACCGGCCACGUUGCCUUACAGAGACCAACAAGUAGUGGUAGAGAUGUUAUGUACAUAGAGGACAGGGAUUUCCAAUCCACUUGAUUUUCCAUCUGUGUAUUCGUUAUCUGGAUUAGAACGUUGCGUAAGGUUAUUCCCCAUUGUGUCAAUGAAGCUGUUCUUUAUGCUACAUCAGUCUUAUGAGGAAAACAAAUACUACCACUGUUGUUCAUUUAUAAUUUGAUCUAUUGUACAGUAUUGCUUCAUGCGGUCUUAACAUUCACGUUAACAUUAAUUUAAAAAAUAAAUAAAAACAGGUUGUAAAUUGA